AUGUUCAGAACUCUUGUCUUCCUCCCUUGUGCUUUUGCGGCCGCUUUGGCCAACCCAUCGCCCUUCUCGGAUUGCUACGAACCAUUCCCAUACGGCAGCUUUCCUACCGGUGUACCUCGCCCAACAGGCUUGCCUUCAGGCUCAUUCCCUGGACCGUUUCCCUUCCCCGGACCGUCUUACGGAGCACCUGCACCUUUCCCGACCUUCAACGUCAGCUCUGUAGUCGUCGGUCCUACUGGAACUGGAGUGUCAUCUGCCUUCAUCCCAUCUUCCUCUGAUGAAGGCAGAAGCGGGUCGCUAUCAUCAAGCGGCACUGCUUUUGUCCCCUCAUCCUCUGACGAGGGAAGAAGCGGUUCUGCCGCCUCCACUCCAUUGGGCUCAACCUCGCUUCCGUUCCCAGACACCCCAGCCUCUCCUGCUGAAUCAGUCACCACCAUCUACUCUGCCACCACUGCAGUCACCACUGUGAUCACUACGGUCUUCCUGCCUGCACCAGGCCCUGAGUCAUCCUCCAACGUGACACCUGUUGCUUCAGCCACGUCCAUUUCUAACGCCAACGUAACCACCAUCUCUUCAUUCGUGACUGGCACGGUCACCUUGAUUACCACUGUGACGCCUCCUGCUUCGUCAUCAGACUCACCGGUAACAGCUGUCAACAGCACUCUGCUGCCUAACACCGCAACCUCAAACUCUGUGGGCACUGGUGGGUUCUCCGCAAGUGGCAACAGAACCUCUUCAGGUGCUCCCUUCACCUUCUCCCCUACGUCCCAUUCAUUCCUGGUACUGGAGUCUAUGGUAGCUCCACGCCUUCGAGCUCUCCCAACUCGCCCAUCACCGCAUCUGUGUCUAACUCGACUUCGGCUGGCACUACUCAUGUUACCAUUCACCUCAACUCCUCGCUCACUCUUACGCUGCUUACCACCCGCACCAUCCCAUUGA